AGUAUUAGAAUUAAAUGCAUCUGAUGAAAGAGGAAUUCAGGUGGUUCGAGAAAAAGUGAAAUCGUUUGCCCAAACUUCUGUUGCAAGUACCAGACCUGAUGGCAAGCCUUGUCCACCAUACAAAAUUAUAAUUUUGGAUGAGGCUGAUUCAAUGACGCGUACAGCAACAGCAGCUCUGCGUACGACGAUGGAAAAACAGAGUAAAACAACACGAUUCUGUUUGAUCUGCAAUUAUGUUUCAAGAAUUAUUGAGCCCCUUACUUCAAGGUGUUCUAAGUUUCGUUUCAAACCACUGGCCCGAGACAUUUUGAUCAAGAGGUUAUCAUACAUUUGUGAAGAAGAAAACAUCCAAUAUGAAGAUGGUGUACUAGAAGCAUUUAUUGAAACCAGUGGUGGUGACUUGAGACGAGCCAUCACUACAGUCCAGUCAACAUCACGAGUAAGAGGAAAGGAUGAAAAGAUAACAAAACUGGAUGUUUAUGAGGUUACAGGUGUCGUUCCUGAGUCUUGGUUGACUGAAUUGAUGGAGGUCUGUGCAACUGAUUCCUAUGAGAAACUAAGUGACUUCUUGAGUAGAUUAAUGGCAGAGGGUUAUGCUGGAAGUCAGAUAUUAUCUCAAGUGCAUGACCUGUUAAUUGAGAAUGAAAGGCUCAGUGAUUCUGCAAAGGCUGUUAUAUUGGAUAAACUAGCUAUGUGUGAUCAUCGGCUUAUGAAUGGUGGUGAUGAAUAUCUCCAAGUCUUGGAUUUGAGCUGCACAAUUAUGAAACAAAUAUGUCAUUCAAAGUAAAUUCGAUGGACUUGCUAUGCUGUAUUUAAUGUCCAUCAACUUAGAGAGCUGUCACGUCACCAAGAUGUCCUUGCCAAGUAAAUCCUGUCUAAGAGUUACAGGAACAUUAAAAACAUGAAUACAGUAUGUUGUACUGUAAAUCAAGAAACAGGAUACAAACAAACAGGACUGUAUGGUAUGUAUUUUGAGAGGAUAGUGCUAAUACCAGGGAAAUGGAAGAUAGACAUGAUCAUGUAGGUAGAUAAAGGAAUUCUUUUUUCUCUCCAUGUGUCAGUGUUUCCACUUCCUUUUCCAUAGACCAUUACAGUAGUCCUGUUAGUAUUUGAAUACCUGUUGCAUUAUUUAAUAUUGAAAUAGUGUUGUAAAAGCAGUGUGCUUUUGUGAAUUCUUUUAUUUUAUUCUGAUUGUAAAUGAGCAUAAUGAUACUUAACAAAAACAAGUUCAUGCUUUACCUAAAUGUUAUAUACAUAUUACAAACUUGGUAAGGGAAGUAAAUCAUCAGUUUUGAUAUCAUUGAUAUAUUUUGAUAUAAAUAAAUGAAAUAUUUAUAGUUUCAAUUUUAUUAACAUUUGUAUUACUAACUAUAAGGAUAAUAGGAAAUCAGAACUUUAAGAGUCUUCCUUUCUGUAGUGGUGCAGCUCAUAAUAUGAGUAAUGUUGGUCUUCCUUUUUGUAAUUUUAAAUGUUCUACAACUAUUUCAGGGUAUUCUAAUGCAGUAGUACAGUUCUUUUACUUUUUUGUCCCUCACAUAGUAGCUAAGCCUGAUUACAGAUGAGAGUACAGUAGGUCAAUGUUGUAGGUUGUUUUAAUUGAAGAGAGGAUCGGCUGUAUCAUACAUUGUUGUAUGAUUACUGUUAUAAGUAAUCAUCAUAAAUGGGAACAGUUCUGAUGCGUACUAGGAGUAUCUCCGCUUUAUGUCAGUUAGCCAUAUCAUCUUAUACCUUAUUUAUAAAUUGUGGAUACAGAAACAAAUAGAAAUUACAAGUAAUUAUUUAUCACAUUUGACUAUAUAAAUGUACUUAAAAUAAUUAGGAUGAGUUAUUAAGGUUUGAUAGUAACGCACAGUAACUAACUUCAUUUAUAAACAUACAGUGACAGAACAAUGUAUAAAUGAAUGUAACAGAAGUGAAAGCCAGGAACAUAAUACUAUACUCUAUUGUGCAUUAUAUAGCACAACAUGUAAAGUAUUGCCUUAUUCGCACACAGGACAAACAAGCAAAAUAAACAGCACUUACACCAUUCAAGUUUGAAUGGUUUGUCCAGAGUAAAUAACAAGUCAAUAAUACAAACAAGAUAUAUUUUGCAGACAAUGGUAAACAAAGGCUGGUAUUAGUGUUAUGAAAAAUAAGAUAGUAUAUAAAAAAAGUAGCUAACUUAGAUACUUUUUUUUUUAGAUACUAUUUAGUGUACAAAGGAAGUCUAUUGCUUUGUGAACAAAGAAGGGGUAAAAAUGAAAUCCUACCAUCACUGAAGACAUUAACCAAUAUCCAAGCCAAGGUAUAAUUUUUUCAUUGAUUCAUUAAAAAAAAAAAAUGGAAAGUACAGGAGAAUUUCAUUUGCCUCCAUGCCUUAGUAUUUUAGAUAUAAAAUUAUUUACAAUUUUUCUUGUUGAUUAAAGAUUCUUCAGUUUGGUAAACCAUUAUAGUCUUCAUACAUUUUGUAAACAAUCACUUUUUACAUAAUCAAGUACACAACAAAGUAAUCCUAAAUGAGAAAUCUACAUUGAACACACUAUCCCAUGUUAGUAAAGAACUACUGAAGUUAAUAGCUGGAUAAGUCAUCCAAUACUGAUAGAUCAUUAAAGCUGUCCUUAAUAUGAGAUAAAAUUGAUUAACCAUCAGAAACCACACAAACUAAAAAAAACAAAGGAUUUCAAGUAUUGAAAUGAACCUCCCUGAUGAAUCACUGAAGUAAAAUCCUGUAUUGUUUACAUAGCUUGUUGUGCUGUUAUAAUUGAGCUGACAGCCAAGAAUAAUCUUGCACACAGUAACUGAUACCAUUAACUGAUACCAUGAACAAUUAAGUUAAAACGAGAUACUUUUAGAAGCAAACUUACACUCAUCCAAUUAUUACAAAACAAACAGAAAUGUUCAGAUGUGUGAAAUACAUCUAGAAUCAGCAAAUUCAUGUGGUCACAGACUAGAUGAUACUGGUGAAAUUGUAGAAUAACACAAAAAUCUUAAUUUAGAUAAAAAUACAUAAAACCUUGUUAUUUCAGAACCAUACUACAUAAUGAACACAUUGCUCAAACAGCCA